GAGUCCUGAACGCAGCAGGUACGUUCAGGGCUCCGUCAACAUUGGACGUCACAGUUUGAGAGCCUCCAUGUUUGAUCAGGAAGUGGGCAGAGACGGAAUGCCGAGUCGAGCUUAGCGUUAACGGCCGUCUUUAUCCGAUCGGUCACUGUUUCACAAAUCUCACCGUUAACAAUCAGCUUAACUACAUGCUGUGUCGCUUUCUGUUUGGUCAAGGUAGACGCAUUACUCCGGAUCUGAUCGUUUGACAACAACGCGAGCGAUGACUUCUCUCUCGCAAAGGCCCUCGGGCCUCGUCCAGCGGAGGACCGAGGCCAUUCGCAGCGCUGCGGCCGAGAAAGAGAAGGAUUCCGGCGGCGAGGAGGAGGAGGCCCGCCGCGGCGACGAAGACGACGACAAGGGAGACUCCAAGGAAACCAGACUCACACUGAUGGAGGAAGUGCUGCUGCUGGGCCUCAAGGACCGAGAGGGCUACACGUCUUUCUGGAACGACUGUAUUUCCUCCGGCCUCAGGGGUUGUAUGCUGGUUGAACUGGCCCUGAGAGGCCGGCUACAGCUGGAGGCCUGCGGGGUGAGGCGAAAAGGCUUGCUCUCCAGAAAGGUAAUCUGUAAAUCAGAUGCUCCAACAGGAGAUGUGCUUCUAGAUGAGGCUUUGAAGCACAUAAAAGACACUCAACCUCCAGAGACUGUGCAGAGCUGGAUAGAGUUGCUCAGUGGAGAGACCUGGAAUCCAUUGAAGCUGCACUACCAGCUUCGAAAUGUGAGAGAACGUCUAGCAAAGAACCUUGUGGAAAAGGGCGUUUUAACCACAGAGAAACAGAAUUUUCUUCUUUUUGACAUGACUACACACCCUCUGACUAACAGUACAAUUAAACAGCGCCUUGUGAAGAAAGUUCAAGAUUCUGUCUUGGAGAAGUGGGUGAAUGACCCACAUCGGAUGGACAAGCGUGUUCUGGCUCUGAUCCUCCUGGCCCACUCCUCUGAUGUCCUGGAGAAUGCCUUCGCCCCUCUCCAAGACGACCAGUACGACCUGGCCAUGAAGAGAGUGCACUCACUGCUAGAGCUGGAGCCCGAGAAGGAGAGUACCAAGCCCAGUGCCAACGAACUGAUGUGGGCUGUGGUGGCUGCAUUCACUAAAUGAAAAAUGUUCUUCUGGAGAACUGGAAGAUCAGAAUAUGGUCUCUUAUAUUUAAUUGGUUGAAGGACUUUCAUUCAAUGAGACAGACUUCACUUAAUAAGACAAUCUAUUUUUGGUUGGGGAGCCUGUUUAUACAUCUAUUCUGGAUGAUAUUAGGGUGGUAGUCCAUGCUAACCCAGUGUAAUCUGAUUGGUGGUGGGCUACACCAAGUAACAAUUGGUUUGUUUAUGAAAAGACCAGUGACUGGCUGCUUUACACCGCGAUAGACACAACAUCUUUUCACUCUGAGGCUGGAUAUGCUUCAGACAUCAAAUCAACACGACUGAUGAGCCUUUUAAUGACAAAGACAAAAGGCUGUAUCAGCAGCGGUCCUGGUGAAUAUGAAGAUUUACAUGGGGCCAAGUUUCCCUUUAAUACCAAGGAAACAUUGUAUCUCCCUCAAAAUGGUGUCUGUCCACACUCCUGCACACUGCGUUCUUCUUUCCCAAAGUCUAUGAAAGGAUAAAGUUAAAUGCCUGUUAUGUGCGCUGUUGCAGCUCCUCUGUUUCCAUUUCUCCAUUCCAUAUUGUGUAUGAGUCCAUGCUAGUCACUUUUGAUAUACAGCAGAUACAACUGAUGUAAUAUCUUUUCUUUCUCAUUUUAGUUUAUCAGCAGCAGACUGAUAAAUGCUUUAUCCUUUAUAACUGAUUUUUUUUUUACCAGCUGAUUGGACAUGGAGUCACACCAGUAUGACCAAAAUGAAAGUGAACCUCAAAUUUAACCCAUUUUAAUUUUCAGUUUUUUUCAAACUUGCAUAAUGUUACUUGUUUUUCUUUUUAAUCUUUUUUUUUUUAGCAACUCAGUGCUUGAGCUUAAUUUGUUGACUAUUUUGCACAGUAAGCAGUCUGCUAAGUCAGUAGUAAAGAUAUAUUUAUAUGUCAGGCAGUUCACCAAAAAUGAGAUUAAAAGGUUUACUGUCAACUGCCAUGGUUAAAAAUGUUAGUAUUCAGACCUUUGAGAGUUUCAAAAUGUGCAUGCAUCUAUGACCUAUUUAAAGAUGCACCAGCGGUCUUUCACUUCUUCUAUAGUGGAUAUGGUAUCUUAAUGAGAUUAUUCAUUCAGGCAAACGGGUAACCUUGUGGACUAUUAAAAUGAAAUGGCCAUCAUAAGUGACACAAACCAGUACUGUCCAAAUGUAACACUAUGCUUAAUUAAUGACCUUGGUGUCAAGUCACCAGGCAGUAUAUAUUUACAUUUUCUAAUUUACAUGAACAAAUCUUUUCAUAGUACAGCCUUCUUGCAUACACCUCUGUAAGAUGCUAAAAGCAUAUAGAGGGAAAUCAAGAUUAUAAACUAGUCUUUCAGACUUUUCCGCUUUCAAUUACUAGUUAUGUUUUUAAUGUCAAAAUUUAGUUCUUAAGGCUUGUGUUACUGUUGUUUUGAGUGUUUAGGGUUACUUGGACCCCAAAUGAAGCUGCAAGACUGAAAAAGUUCCCUCAAUGACUCUGAGCAGGUCAUUGCAACAUAAAAUCUUAUUCAAAAGUACUUCGACUCAUUUGGCUUGACAGUGAGAGUGUAAUGGAUGAUAGCACAUCACAAUUUAUGACAUAAUUAAGUUCUGUAUUUUUCUACAAAAAAUUAAAAAUUGUUGCCGUCUGUUUACAGCAAGAGGCAUGCAUGCUUUUGGUUGAGGGCUGAGGUACAGAGAGCGUAUGUAGCGAAAGAGAAGAGGCUUGUAUGUAAUUAUUAGUCAUUUUAUGUGUACGAUCUAAUGAAAUUCAAUGAAAGGGAUCUUCUUCUCUAUCCUCUAUAAUUCUGUAUGCUUUUAUAUUAUCACAGAAAAUAAAGUAAGGAUCCUUUAAGUGCCUGAAUUCUG